UCCAUAUCUUAGUAUUUUUUCGAUUUUUUUAAUAGUCCAAUAUACGCAGUUCGAGACGCUUAAUUGAUUUAAAAUUUUGUGAACUUUCUUGGAAAUGUGAUUAUAGAAUUUCUGAUGUAGUGACAAUUUCCAUUUAAUUACAUUUCGAUUUCUGAAAAUUUGAAUUUUCGCGCUUCAAGAAAUGUCGAUGGUUCGCCAACAUUAGGGAAUUUAUAAAAUUAUAAUUUUGCAGUUGGUAUUUCUAGUCAAUUGCCAUUACACCGAUUUCGAUAUUUCGAUUUAGUUUCGCGCCUUUGAACGAGUCGUGUGUCGUGUGUCGAGUCUCGUCUCGAGUCUUGAGUGGAUGGAUCGUGUGUUGUUGGUUUCAGCUGAUUUCGAUCAAUUUUGAUCUCUUCAUGUAUCGAAAUAAGCCUGUGAAGGGAUUCGUAUCCCCUUUCAUUGUUCAGCCGCGAGCGAUUGGCGAGAAACACGAGGAAAACGAGGUACCACCACCGAGCAAUUUUGCGAGAAAGCCUCCCCGCAGUAACUUGCAAAUUUUAAACUUUUUCGAAAAGGUGACUCAAGAAAAUGAGGUCGGUCACGAUAAUGUCCAAGUGGAGAAUAAUUCACCGACCAAACGAGAUGCCAGUUCUCCGAUACGUGGGAGGAAAACGUUGGUUACUGAUUCGUCCAAAACGUCAGCAAAAAUCGUAUUUAACGUGAUGUACGGAAAGAUAUCUUCAAAGAAACAUAAAACAUGGGAUGGCGACGGUUUCCUGGAAGUAAUUGGAAAAAAUGCAAUUCUUAAGGACUUGGAGGGUAAAGUUUUGGGAAGAACUAAAAUCAAUCCAAGCAAUGUGGUGGAAGGCUUCAAAUCAAUUAUAGGAAAUAAACAAAUAGAGAUUAUAGAUCAGGUGUCAGGAGAACCGUCGAUAUCAGAGAAACGGUCCGAAGUGGCAGCAGAGGAACCACUACAAAAAAAACUCAAGACAUCUACAAUAGGUGCAUUUCAAACACUAAAAGAAAAUGAUGCUGCAGUUUAUGAGAAGAAAGAAUCAACCAAUUCACCCGAAGCAAACACUAAAAUCACAUUCAAUGUGGUGUACGGCAAAGUAACUCCAAAGAAGCACAAAACGUGGGAUAGCGACGGUUUGCUAGAAGUAACUGGAAAAAGCGCAAUUCUUAAGGAUUUGGAUGGUAAUGUUGUGGGAAGAAGUAAAAUUAAUCCGAGCAAUGCAAUAGAAGGCUUUAGAUUAAUUAUAGGAAACAAACAAGUUGAAAUUACAGAUCAGGUGUCACAGGAGUUACUUUUACCAGAGAAGAGUCUUGAAAAAACAGUGGAGGAAUUGUCAAGAAAUAAGUUCAAUAAAGUAUCUUCGACACAUGCAUUUGUGCCCUUGUUUUCAUCCGCAAAAGGAUUGACAUUGAAUAGCGAGCCUUUAGUGAUGCCAUACUUGAAUUCUAUUGAAUGGACAGAACAAAAGGAACAGGAAGUCUCGGUUGAUUUCUGUUUAGUAGCAAAACUUAGAGAACACCAACGUCAUGGAAUUAUAUUUCUGUACGAGUGCUUAAUGGGACUAAGAGUGCCGGAUUACUUUGGUGCAAUUUUGGCUGAUGAAAUGGGCCUCGGCAAAACCUUACAAUGUAUCACAUUAAUUUGGACAAUGUUGAAAAAGGGUCCGUAUGGUAAACCGAUUGCGAAACGCGUGUUAAUAAUAACACCUAGUAGCUUAUGCAAUAACUGGGAAAAGGAAUUCGUAAAAUGGCUGGGCUCUCACAGAAUAUCUCCAUAUGUUGCGAAUGGAAAAAAUAAACCCAAGGAUUUUAUUAAAUAUCCGAAAAAUUCAGUGAUGAUUAUUAGCUAUGAAAUGUUUAUUAAAUGUCAUACGGAGAUUAGUGAACUCGCUUUUGAUUUGAUUGUAUGUGAUGAAGGCCACAGAUUGAAAAAUAGCAAUGUAAAAGCAGCAAAGUUGCUACACGAGAUUGAUUGUAAAAAGCGAGUCAUUUUAACGGGCACACCUGUACAGAAUGAUUUAAAAGAAUUUUAUGCACUGAUCGAUUUUAUUAAUCCUGGCAUUCUUGGCACUCCUAAUGAGUAUAAGAAUUAUUACGAGGAUCCUAUCGUUGCAUCUCAGUGUCCCUAUGCAAACACUGAUGUUCUUAGCCUGGGAAAGGCAAGAUCAUCAGAAUUGUAUGAAUCCACUAAAUCUUUCAUUUUAAGACGUACGCAAAGUACGAUAAACAAAUAUUUGCCGCAAAAACACGAAAUAGUCGUGUUUUGCGCUUUAUCCAAGAAACAACAAGAUUUAUAUUCUCUUGUUACCAGUGCUUGGUUCAACAAAAUAUGUCUAGAAGACAAAAGUAACAUGCAUUUGUCCAUCAUUACUGCACUUAAAAAAAUUUGCAACCAUCCAAAUCUGUUUAUAAACGAGAAGGAGAACGCGCUAUAUGAUACUUUGUCAAAAACGUCAUGGAUAUCGCAAAUAAAACGGGACGAAAACUUUAUCGAAUAUUGUGGGAAAGUCACAAUUCUACAGACAUUAAUGAGAAAUUUGAAAAAGACUGACGAGAAGUUAGUGUUAAUUUCCUAUUACACACAAACACUUGAUCUUCUUGAGACUAUAUGUAACAUGGAAAAGUUAAAGUUCUUAAGAUUAGACGGUACUACUUCAACCUCUAUACGAUUGAAGAUUACCGAACAAUUUAAUACGCGAACCGAUAACAGCAAAGUUCUUUUGCUAAGUGCAAAGGCGGGUGGUGUUGGUUUGAAUUUACCUGGAGCAUCCAGACUUGUGUUAUUUGAUUCUGAUUGGAAUCCCGCAUCUGAUCUACAAGCAAUGGCAAGGAUUUGGAGAGAUGGACAGAAGAGGAAUGUUUACAUUUAUAGAUUACUGACCACAGGUACAAUAGAAGAGAAGAUAUAUCAAAGACAAAUUAGCAAAGCCAGUCUAUGUGAAUCUGUGGUGGACCUGAAUCGCCUUGGAUCUCUAAAGUUAUCAACUGCGGAAUUAAAGGAUUUAUUUACGUUGACAAGUGAUACAAUUUCGUUAACACAUGAUUUAAUGAAUUGUUCUUGUUCGGGCAAGAAUGAACACAUAUCUUCUGAAGAAUUUACAGAAAAAGGUAACGAGACACGAGAUUGUCAAUUUACAUUGUGUGACAAAUCAUCGCAACAAAAUUUAACUAUAAAUCAACUUCGAGACUGGCAACAUUUUAAGCAACCAAUUUCAUCUGACGUUAUGCAGGAUAUUAUGUUAAGAGAAGUAGGUGAUAAUAUAACAUUCAUAUUUAAAAAUUCUACAAUGCAAAGAGUUUAAUUAUAUAUAAAUGA